AUGUACGGCACCGGAACCGGUCCUCAGACCGGUGUCUCGACACCCAGGUCUUCGGCUUCGCUCCGCCCCUUGACCAUUUCGCAUGGCUCUCUCGAGACCUCCUUUCUUGUACCGACCAGCCUUCACUUCCACGCUUCCCAACUGAAGGAGCGCUUCGCUGCCAGCUUGCCCGCUCCGACUGACGAGCUCGCUCAAGAUGACGAGCCCUCCUCCGUUGCUGAGCUCGUCGCCAGGUACAUGGGCUUCGUUGCUCACGAGGUCGAGGAAGGCGAGGAUGAUGCCCAGGGUUCCUACGAGGAGGUCCUCAAGCUCAUCUUGAACGAGUUUGAGCGGGCCUUCCUCCGAGGCAACGAAGUGCACGCUUUGGUCGCCACCCUCCCCGGCAUUGAUGCCAAGAAGCUCGAGGUGAUCCGCAGCUACUUCGCUGCCCGCUCCGUCACAAACAGGAGCAUCAGGCCACACGAGUCGGCCCUCUUCAGAGCUGCUGAUGACGGCUCAGCAAGGCUUUACAGCAUCUUCGGAGGCCAAGGAAACAUUGAGGAGUACUUUGAGGAGCUUCGUGAGCUGUAUGAGACCUAUCCCUCCUUUGUCGCCGAUGCCGUUGCCUCGUCCGCCGAGCUGCUGCAGAACCUCGCCAGGGAGCCCAGUGCUGUCAAGCUCUUCGCCAAAGGACUUGACGUGAUGAACUGGCUGCGUCAUCCCGAGACCACGCCUGACCUGGACUACCUUGUCUCGGCGCCCGUCAGCUUCCCCCUCAUCGGCUUGGUCCAACUCUGCCACUAUGCUGUUACCUGCAAGGUCCUCGGCAUUCACCCCGGUAUCCUCCGUGAGAGGAUACGUGGUGCGACCGGCCACUCUCAGGGUGUAGUCAUGGCUGCUGCAACUGCCGCUGCCGACUCUUGGGAGAGCUUCGGCGAGAUCGCCAAGUCGGCUUUGACCAUCCUCUUCUGGAUUGGUACUCGCAGCCAGCAGGUCUUCCCCAGGACCUCCAUGACACCUUCAAUGCUCCGUGAUUCCAUCGACAACGGCGAGGGUACUCCUACUCCCAUGCUGAGCAUUCGCGAUCUCUCGCAAGCCGAGGUGCAGAAGCACAUUGAUGCCACCAACCAGUACCUCCCUCCUGACCGUCACAUCAGCAUUUCUCUGAUCAACAGCCCCCGUAACCUCGUGGUCACGGGCCCACCCAUUUCUCUGUACGGUCUCAACCUGCAGCUGCGCAAAGUGAAGGCCCCUACCGGUCUCGAUCAGAACCGCAUUCCCCACACCGAGCGUAAGGUUCGCUUCGUCAACCGAUUCUUGCCUAUUACCGCUCCCUUCCACAGCCAGUACCUCAAGGAGGCUACGACCCUCAUCGACGAGGACCUUAAGGACAUUCGCAUCGACGCGAAGAAUCUGGGCACCCCUGUGUUUGACACCAACACUGGGAAGGACCUCCGCGAGGAAGUUGAGGGCAACAUUGUCCCCACCCUUAUUCGCCUCAUCACGAGGGACCCAGUCUACUGGGAGAAGGCCACUGUCUUCCCUGAAGCUACCCACAUUCUCGAUUUCGGCCCCGGGGGCAUUUCAGGACUGGGUAUUCUCACCAGCCGCAACAAGGAUGGCACCGGUGUGCGCGUAAUCCUGGCCGGUUCCGUUUCUGGCAGUGUCACCGAGGUUGGCUACAAGCCAGAGCUCUUUGAUAGGGACGAAGAGCAUGCAGUCAAGUUUGCCAUUGACUGGGUUCGAGAAUAUGGCCCUAGACUUGUCAAGACCACGGGUGGUCGCACUUAUGUCGACACAAAGAUGAGCAGAGUCUUGGGUCUGCCGCCCAUUGUGGUGGCUGGUAUGACACCCGCAACGGUCCCAUGGGAUUUCGUUGCGGCCACCAUGAAUGCCGGGUACCAGAUUGAGCUUGCAGGUGGUGGUUACUUCAUGGCUCCCAUGAUGACCGACGCCUUGCUCAAGAUUGAGAAGGCCAUCCCGGCCGGCCGGGGCAUCAGCGUCAACCUGAUCUACGUGAACCCCGCGGCCAUGGCCUGGCAGAUCCCCCUCAUUGGCAAGCUGCGUGCUGAAGGUGUGCCCAUCGAGGGUCUCACCAUUGGUGCCGGUGUGCCAUCUAUCGAGGUCGCUCAGGAGUACAUUCAAACUCUGGGCCUCAAGCACAUCUCCUUCAAGCCGGGCUCAAUGGACGCUAUCCAGGCUGUUAUCAACAUCGCCAAGGCGAACCCCACAUUCCCUGUCUUCCUGCAGUGGACUGGAGGUCGCGGUGGUGGUCAUCAUUCUUUCGAGGAUUUCCAUCAGCCUAUUCUCAACAUGUACGGUCGCAUUCGUCGCAGGAGCAAUAUCAUCCUUGUUGCCGGCAGUGGCUUUGGUGGUGCCGAAGACACCUACCCGUACCUCACGGGUGAGUGGUCCAAGAAGUAUGGCUACCCUCCCAUGCCCUUCGAUGGCUGUCUCUUUGGUAGCCGCAUGAUGGUUGCCAAGGAGGCACACACCAGCAAGGCCGCCAAAGAGGCAAUUAUUGCUGCCGAAGGUGUCGAGGAUAAGGACUGGGAGAAGACCUACAAGGGCCCUACUGGUGGUGUCCUUACUGUCCGAUCCGAGAUGGGCGAGCCCAUCCACAAGCUUGCUACUCGUGGUGUCAGGUUCUGGGCGGAGCUGGAUCAGAAGAUCUUCAGCCUGCCCAAGGAGAAGCGCAUCAUUGAGCUCAAGAAGAACCGAGACUACUACAUCAAGAGGCUCAAUGAGGACUCUCAGAAGACUUGGUUCGGCCGCAACAAGGCUGGCGAAGCUGUUGACCUGGAAGACAUGACCUAUGGUGAGGUCGUCCGCCGCAUGGUCGAGCUGAUGUACGUCAAGCAUGAGAACCGCUGGAUUGACCCCACCUACGAGAGGCUCACCGGUGACUUCAUCCACCGUGUCGAGGAGCGCUUUACGUCUCAGUCGGGCCAGCACUCCCUUCUCCAGAACUACUCUGACCUGCACGAGCCGUUCUCUACCGUGGAGCGGAUCCUUGCCCACUACCCUGAGGCUGAGACCCAGAUUAUCAAUGCUCAGGAUGUGCAGCACUUCCUCAUGCUGUGCAUGCGCCCGAUCCAGAAACCGGUGAACUUCGUCCCUGCCUUUGACGCCAACUUUGAGUUCUACUUCAAGAAGGACUCGCUGUGGCAGUCCGAGGACCUUGCCGCCGUCGUCGACCAGGAUGUUGGCCGUACCUGUAUCCUCCAGGGGCCUAUGGCCGCCAAGUUCUCAACUGUCAUUGAUGAGCCGGUCAAGAGUAUCCUUGACAACAUCCACGAGGCGCACAUCGCUGGCCUUCUCAAGGACAAGUACAAGGGUGACGAGUCUCUCAUCCCCACCAUCGAGUACUUUGGUGGCAAGCUGAUUGAGACUGAGGUCCCCCUCAACUCUGAAGCCCUUACCGAGUCGUAUGAUGAGCACAAGAACACCUAUCGCCUCUCGUCGUCGCCGACUGUCCAGCUUCCUUCCGUGGAGGCUUGGCUCUCCCUCCUUGCCGGCCCCAACCCGUGCUGGCGUCACGCCCUGUUGCUAUCCGAGGUCGUUGUCCACGGUAAAAAGUACCAAACCAACCCGAUGAAGCGGAUUUUUGCACCUCACCGCGGACUCUACGUGGAGAUCAGAUACCCGAACAACCCUGAGAAGACCGAGAUCAUCGUCAAGGAGCAGCCGCGCCACAACCAGUAUGUGGAGGUCAUCAACGUCAAGCUUGUUGGCAAGAAUGAAAUCUUGGUCAACCUCAUCAAGGACACCACCGCCCUUGGCAAGCCCGUCGCUCUUCCGCUCAAGUUCACGUACAAGCCCGAGGCCGGAUAUGCACCCAUUCAUGAGAUCAUGGAGGGUCGCAAUGAUCGCAUCAAGGAGUUCUACUGGCGUGCGUGGUUUGCCGAUGAGAAGCUUGAUCUUGACGCCCAAGUCACGGGCAAGUUCGACGGUGGUCGUUCCACCGUGACCGGGGAAGCCAUCAAUGACUUCGUCUACGCAGUCGGCAACACAGGCGAGGCCUUUGUUGACCGGCCCGGCAAGAUCACAUACGCCCCCAUGGAUUUCGCCAUCGUCGUCGGGUGGAAAGCCAUCACCAAGCCCAUCUUCCCGCGAACCAUUGACGGUGAUCUGUUGAAGCUGGUGCAUCUGUCGAACGAGUUCCGCAUGAUUCCCGGAGCUGAGCCCCUGAAGAAGGGUGACGAGGUCCAAACUACGGCUCAGAUCAAUGCUGUGAUCAACCAGGAGGCCGGCAAGAUGGUCGAGGUGUGCGGUACCAUCACUCGUGAUGACGAGCCUGUGAUGGAGGUCACGUCCCAAUUCCUUUACCGUGGCGUCUACACCGACUUCGAGAACACUUUCCAGCGCAAGGUUGAGAAGCCCAUGCAGCUGCACCUUGCUACCGACAAGGACGUCGCUGUUCUUCGCUCGAAGCAGUGGUUCGUUCUUGAUGAGCAACAGGACGUUGAGCUACUCGGCCAGACUCUUACCUUCCGUCUGCAGACCCUGGUCAAGUUCAAGAACCGCACCGUCUUCAGCAGCGUCGAGACUCGCGGCCAAGUCUUGCUGGAACUGCCCACCAAGGAGAUCGUCCAGGUCGCCAGUGUCGAGUACGAGGCAGGCACCUCUCACGGCAACCCCGUGAUUGACUACUUGGAGAGACAAGGCUCUGCCAUUGAGCAGCCCGUCAACUUUGAGAACCCUAUCCCGUUGAGCGGAAAGGACCCCCUUCUUCUCCGCGCCCCUGCCUCCAACGAGACGUAUGCUCGUGUCUCGGGUGACUACAACCCCAUCCACGUCUCGCGUGUCUUUGCCAACUAUGCCGACCUCCCUGGCACGAUUACCCACGGCAUGUACUCGAGCGCGGCGGUCCGCAGUCUGGUCGAGACCUGGGCAGCGGAGAACAACGUCGGCCGCGUGCGCAGCUUCCAUGCUGACUUGGUCGGCAUGGUCUUGCCCAACGACGACAUCGAGGUCAGGCUUCAGCACGUGGGUAUGAUUGGCGGUCGCAAGAUCAUCAAGGUCGAGGCCAGCAACAAGGAGAGCGAGGAGAAGGUCCUGCUUGGCGAGGCCGAGAUUGAGCAGCCUAUUACUGCUUACAUCUUCACUGGUCAAGGCUCUCAGGAGCAGGGUAUGGGUAUGGACUUGUACAACAGCAGCCCUGUGGCCAAGGAAGUCUGGGACCGUGCUGACAAGUACCUCAUGAGCACAUAUGGUUUCGCAAUCACCAACAUCGUCAAGAACAACCCCAAGGAGCUCACCAUCCACUUUGGUGGCCCUCGUGGUAAGGCGAUCCGACAGAACUACAUGGCCAUGACCUUCGAGACGGUCGCUGCCGACGGAUCUAUCAAGUCGGAGAGGAUCUUCAAGGACAUCACAGAGUCGACUCCCUCGUACACGUACCGCUCGCCCACGGGUCUUCUCUCGGCUACCCAAUUCACUCAGCCAGCGCUGACGCUGAUGGAGAAGGCCAGCUUCGAGGACAUGAAGGCUAAGGGAUUGGUGCCUCGCGAUAGCACCUUCGCUGGUCACUCGCUCGGUGAAUACUCGGCAUUGGCUGCUCUAGCUGAUGUCAUGCCCAUCGAGUCGUUGGUGUCUGUCGUGUUCUACCGUGGUCUGACGAUGCAAGUCGCUGUCGAGCGCGACGCCAGUGGCCGCUCGAACUACUCGAUGUGCGCCGUCAACCCGAGCAGGAUCUCCAAGACUUUCAACGAGGAGGCGCUCCGGUUUGUCGUCUCUAGCAUCGCCGAGGAGACUGGGUGGCUCUUGGAGAUUGUCAACUACAACAUUGCCAACAUGCAAUACGUGUGUGCUGGUGAUCUGCGCGCUCUGGACACUCUGGCAAACGUCACCAACUUUAUCAAGGUCCAGAAGAUCGACAUUGAGCAACUGCUCUCGGAGCUCACCAUCGAGGAGGUCAAGGAGCACCUGCGCGAGAUUAUCCAGGGUGCUGCGAAGAAGACGGAGGCCAAGCCCCAGCCCGUGGAGCUGGAGCGCGGCUACGCCACGAUUCCCCUCCGUGGCAUCGAUGUGCCCUUCCACUCGACCUUCUUGCGAAGCGGUGUCAAGCCUUUCCGUUCGUUCCUGCUCAAGAAGAUCAACAAGACGACCAUCGACCCUGCCAAGCUGGUUGGCAAGUACAUUCCCAACGUGACGGCCAAGCCCUUUGCCCUCACCAAGGAGUACUUUGAGGAUGUGUACCGGCUGACCAACUCGCCGAGGAUCGGCAACGUUCUGGCCAACUGGGAGAAGUACCAGCAGGACGGCGGUGCGGCGCUGGCGGCGGGACUGAGCAAUGGGGUUGACGGCGAGGCCGAGGAGAAUGGUGUCAAUGGCGUCGAGGCCUAG